AUGUCGGGCCGCUCGGUGCCACAUGCCCACCCGGCCACCGCCGAGUACGAGUUUGCCAACCCGAGCCGCCUGGGCGAGCAGCGCUUCGGGGAAGGCCUCCUGCCAGAAGAGAUCCUGACCCCCACCCUCUACCAUGGCUACUAUGUCCGGCCCCGGGCUGCCCAAGUUGGGCAGGGCAGCAGGGCAGGGGCCUCUGAGCUUCGGCUCAGUGAGGGCAAGUUCCAGGCGUUUCUGGAUGUGAGCCACUUUACCCCCGAUGAGGUAACCGUGAGGACUGUGGACAACCUACUGGAGGUGUCUGCCCGGCACCCCCAGCGCCUGGACCGCCAUGGCUUCGUGUCCAGAGAGUUCUGCCGAACCUACGUCCUGCCUGCUGAUGUGGACCCCUGGCGGGUCCGCGCUGCUCUCUCCCAUGAUGGCAUCCUCAACCUGGAGGCGCCUCGGGGUGGCCGACAUUUGGACACAGAGGUCAAUGAGGUCUACAUCUCCCUGCUCCCUGCACCUCCUGAUCCAGAGGAAGAGGAGGCAGCCAGUGUUGAGCCCUGA